UCCCUCCGCUCCCACUGCUGCUGAUGUGAAGGAUUGAGACUUAGCAGCUAUCUUCUCAGACUGGACACACAUAGGAGCAUCUCUAUCUAUAAUAAGGGGGAUAUAAUGGAAGUGCCAAGCAUUGCAGAAGCCGCCUGCCGGCUCUACCCUCAUCGCCCCAUUGCCAAUCAGUCGAUAACCCACAGUGAAUGAUUUCCCAUCUCCAAAUGUCAUUGUGUCUCAAUCGUGAGGUUCUCCAAGACUCCCCCAUACUCUGAAGCCUGCCCUAUCUCCCUCCUCUUGCUCUCACUCCAUCCCCCACCCCCUCUACCACCUCUCGCUCUCUCUUCCUAUCACCCACAACCACUGCCCCCCCCCUCUUUUCCACCUCCUCCUCCUCCCACCGCCCCGGACGGAUUGCAGGAUCUUGAAAGAUGCAGCUCUGAAAACGGCAGGUCUGAAAACGGUGGAGCGUGCAGGGGAGAGGGUCCGCACCGCAAGACCCCUCAAUCUUUUUUUUUUUAUUUUCAUUUUGUUUUUUUCAUUUUCCUCCUUUUUUUACUAUUGUUUUUUUGUUUCGUUUUUUCUUUUUAAAAAGGAAAAAAAAGAGACACGAGUCCGGCGGCGAGGGAAUGUGUGAUCGCCCCCUUUUCUUAACCGUUACCUCUCCACGUAUCUAUCUCCAUUUGUUGCCUGCGACUUGGACUUUCAUGCAUGAAGACCCUGUAUAGAAUUCCAUACGUAUAUAGGACUUGUUAUUGGGCGUACGUGUCUUCUGCCUGCUCUGUAUACUACUGUUAAGUUGAGAGAUCAUCUCAGUAUAUUCCUGUAUUUUCUAUAUGAGCACCUGUCUGAGGAGAUACCUGAGGAGUGUGCAGUCGUAUCUGGGACGCUGCCUGUCUGGAUGAGAUGUGAUGCUUUGCAGCGUCCUUACCUCUUCUUUUCCUAUAUCUUUUCCUUGCUCCUCGCUUUCCGGUAACCCGCGGACUUUGUCCCCGACAUCAUGGGGGCUCGUUUCGGGGACGAGGUGCCGGCCCGUGGUGGAGGAGUCGCAGGUCGUGGAAGUCGACAAGGUGGGCCCCCGGGGGCUCAGAGGAUCUACAAACAGUCAAUGGCACAGAGGGCCCGAACUAUGGCGUUGUACAACCCAAUCCCAGUACGGCAGAACUGCUUAACCGUCAACCGUUCCCUCUUCCUCUUCAGCGAAGACAACGUGGUGAGGAAAUACGCCAAAAAAAUCACCGAAUGGCCUCCUUUUGAAUACAUGAUUUUAGCAACUAUUAUAGCGAAUUGCAUUGUUUUGGCAAUGGAGCAACAUCUGCCAGAGGGUGACAAGACUCCGAUGUCCGAGCGCCUGGAUGACACAGAACCUUACUUCAUUGGAAUAUUCUGCUUUGAAACGGGAAUCAAGAUCAUUGCCUUGGGGUUUGCAUUUCAUAAAGGAUCCUAUCUACGCAAUGGCUGGAACAUGAUGGACUUUGUGGUUGUUCUCACUGGAAUUAUUGCAUCUACUGGGCCAGAGUUUGAUCUGCGGACCCUCCGAGCUGUUCGUGUGCUGAGACCCCUGAAACUCGUGUCUGGAAUUCCAAGUUUACAAGUGGUCCUGAAGUCUAUAAUGAAAGCCAUGAUUCCUCUUCUCCAGAUUGGUUUGCUCUUGUUCUUUGCUAUUCUCAUCUUUGCUAUCAUUGGACUUGACUUCUACAUAGGCAAAUUCCAUAAUUCUUGCUAUGAACCGUAUGGAGAUGAAAUACAGGUGGAGGGCCUCUGCGGCAAUGAUUCAUCAUCACGGAAAUGCCCCCCUGGCACAGUAUGUUAUGCCAAAUGGGAGGGACCCAAUAAUGGCAUCACACAGUUUGACAACAUCCUGUUUGCUGUGCUCACUGUAUUUCAAUGUAUAACUAUGGAGGGGUGGACAGAAAUUUUGUAUCAUAGUAAUGAUGUGUUUGGCAGCGCGUGGAACUGGCUUUACUUCAUCCCUCUUAUUAUCAUUGGCUCCUUCUUCAUGCUUAACCUUGUGUUGGGUGUUCUUUCCGGAGAGUUUGCCAAAGAGAGAGAGCGAGUAGAAAACCGUAGAGCGUUCAUGAAGCUGAGGAGACAGCAGCAGAUAGAAAGGGAGUUGAAUGGCUACAUGGAGUGGAUUUCCAAAGCAGAGGAGGUGAUUCUCGCUGAAGAUGACAGUGAUGUGGAGAGAUUGCCUUACGAUGGAGCCCUGAGGAGACCCACAAUCAAGAAAAACAAAACGGAGCUACUGAAUGCCGAUGAAGGAGAGGAGGCAAUUGGAGAUAUUGCUUCUGUGGGCUCUCCUUUUGCACAUGCCAGUAUUAAAAGUGCCAAGUUGGAAAAUUCCUCAUAUCUACAUAAGAAAGAACGACACUUACGUUUUUACAUCCGGCGUAUGGUGAAAACUCAGGCCUUCUACUGGGUGGUUCUAGGCCUUGUAGCACUGAACACGCUGUGCGUGGCAAUUGUGCACUACGGCCAGUCUGAAAAGCUAACUAAUUUUCUCUACUAUGCAGAAUUCAUUUUCCUUGGGCUCUUUAUGUCCGAAAUGUUUAUAAAAAUGUACGGUCUUGGAACCAGGCCUUAUUUUCAUUCAUCGUUUAACUGCUUUGACUGUGCCGUUAUCACUGGGAGCAUCUUUGAGGUCAUUUGGGCCAUGGUAAAGCCUGGAACCUCCUUUGGAAUCAGCGUCUUAAGAGCCCUCCGCUUGCUGCGCAUAUUCAAGGUUACAAAGUAUUGGGCCUCUCUCCGUAACCUGGUAAUUUCAUUGCUCAGCUCAAUGAAGUCCAUCAUCAGUUUGCUGUUCCUGCUCUUCCUUUUCAUUGUGGUCUUUGCCUUACUGGGGAUGCAGCUGUUUGGUGGACAGUUUAAUUUCGAUGACAAAACCCCAUCUACCAACUUUGAUAAUUUUCCUGCAGCAAUAAUGACUGUCUUUCAGAUAUUGACCGGGGAAGAUUGGAAUGCAGUAAUGUAUGAUGGCAUCAAGUCUCAGGGAGGAGUAAACUCUGGCAUGGUGUCCUCCAUCUACUUUAUCAUCCUCACCCUUUUUGGGAACUACACACUGCUGAAUGUCUUCUUAGCUAUCGCUGUGGACAAUCUUGCAAAUGCUCAGGAGCUGACCAAGGAUGAGCAGGAGGAAGAGGAGGCAGCUAAUCAAAAAUUGGCAAUGCAGAAAGCAAAAGAACUUGCAGAAGUCAGUCCUCUGUCAACUGGCAACAUGUCUAUAGCUGCAAAAGAACAACAGAAGAACCAGAAGAAUAAUAUGUCUGUUUGGGAGCAACGUACAAAUGAGAUCCGCCGACAGAACUUAAUGAAUAGUCGGGAAGCCCUGUACAGUGAAAUGGAUCCAGAAGAACGCUGGAAGUUGUCUUUCCUCCGUCCAGAUGUGAAGACACAUUUGGACCGACCACUUGUUGUGGACCCCCAAGAAAAUCGAAACAACAACACCAAUAAAAGUAGACCAGGAGAAAGUAAGACACCUAUGGAACAACGUUUAUCUCACCAGCGGGCAGAAGACUACCUGCGUAAACAAGCACGAUUUCAAGAACGGGCAGGCCGAGCAUAUGACAUAGGUCAGGAACCAGGACGUAGGCCGCGAAGCAAAGAGCAGGACAUUAGUCGUGAUAGUCAGGAUAUGGGGCUUCAGGAGAGGACCGAUGUGGAUGGAGGGGUACGUCCGACACAGGAUCCACCCAGGAGACAUCGAGGUGGUGGAAGCAAGGAGAGCAGAAGUGGCUCACCUCUGCCCCGCGGAGAUGGAGAUCACCGUAGACACAGAGUACAUCGUAGAACUGGGGAAGACCCUGAGUAUUUAGCAGGUGGUGGGGGUGGUGGUGGAAGGGGAGGAGUAGGUGGAGGAGAAAGAAGAACACGACAUGUGAGGGAGGGGGGUAGAACAAGGGAGGUUGGUGGUGGUGGUGGUGGUGGAGGAGGAGAAAUUGAAGGGCCCGAUGGAGAGAGGAGAAGGAGGCAUCGGCAUACUGCACAGUCUACCUAUGAAAAUGAUGUGAAGAGAGACGACAGAGAGAGGAGGCAUCGGAGGCGAAAGGACCCAACAGCCCCUGUUCCUGGCUCAGGCCCAAAUCUUUCCACCACCCGACCAAUUCAAGAUCGCUCUCGCCAAGAAAACCAAAACCAGCAGCCUGAAAAUAUGGAUAACAUUCGUAACAACAAGCUGGUGACUACAGAACCCCCAGCAGUGGGAAUAGGGGGAGGCCUCAACCAUAGCCCGGCCAAAAUGGGCAAUUAUACCAACUGUGCAAACAACAACAGUGCUCCUACUGUGAAUUCGGCCCCAAAGAGGACACCUCUCCCCACUAACUCUGGCCCUCCGACCUCUGUACCUGAUUCUGGACAGACACAUAGUAACCCUAUGGAGACAGGCAAGGGAAAUAAGGCUUCAGAGCAGACCACAGUGGAUAUACCACCUCCUUUCCCUCCACCAGUAGAGAAUGCUGUGGGACAGGUGAACAAGACGGUGGCCGUGUCUCCUCUACCCCAGAAAGAGGAUGAGAAGAAAGAGGAGGAAGAAGAGGAUGAAGAUGAUGGGAAGGGGCCUAAACCAAUGCCCCCAUACAGCUCCAUGUUUAUUUUAUCCACUACUAAUCCUCUCCGUCGUUUGUGUCACUACAUUGUCACCUUGCGAUACUUUGAGAUGUGCAUCCUACUAGUCAUCGCCAUGAGCAGUAUAGCCCUCGCCGCAGAAGACCCUGUGUAUCCUGAGGCCACGCGAAACAAUGUCCUACGUUAUUUUGACUAUGUAUUCACUGGUGUCUUCACUUUUGAAAUGGUUAUCAAGAUGGUGGAUCUGGGCCUCAUUCUGCACCAAGGAGCAUACUUCAGAGAUCUGUGGAAUAUUCUUGAUUUCAUUGUCGUUUGUGGUGCUCUUGUGGCGUUUGCAUUCUCAGGUGGAAGUAAAGGAAAGGACAUUAGCACCAUCAAAUCUCUGCGUGUCCUCCGUGUCUUGAGGCCUUUGAAAACCAUUAAGCGACUGCCCAAACUAAAGGCUGUGUUUGACUGUGUGGUGAACUCCUUGAAGAACGUCCUGAACAUUUUGAUUGUUUAUAUGCUCUUCAUGUUUAUCUUUGCUGUGGUGGCGGUUCAGCUUUUUAAGGGAAAGUUUUUCUACUGUACAGAUGAAUCAAAAGAAUUUCAGAGAGACUGCAGAGGGGAAUAUUUGGUAUACGAGAAGAAUGAAGUCAAAGCACAGAAGCGUGAAUGGAAGAAAUGGGCAUUCCACUAUGACAAUGUACUGUGGGCAUUGCUCACCCUCUUCACUGUGUCUACAGGAGAGGGUUGGCCAGAUGUACUCAGGCACUCUGUGGAUGCCACCUAUGAAGACCAAGGUCCCAGGCCUGGAUUUCGCAUGGAGAUGUCCAUCUUUUAUGUCGUAUAUUUUGUGGUUUUCCCUUUUUUCUUUGUCAACAUUUUCGUAGCCUUGAUUAUCAUUACAUUCCAAGAGCAAGGGGAUAAAAUGAUGGAGGAGUACAGUCUGGAAAAGAAUGAGAGAGCAUGUAUUGAUUUUGCUAUAAGUGCCAAGCCGCUUACCCGUCAUAUGCCACAAAACAAGCAAAGUUUCCAGUAUCGAAUGUGGCAAUUUGUGGUGUCCCCCCCUUUUGAGUAUACAAUUAUGGCUCUGAUUGCCUUGAACACCAUUGUGCUGAUGAUGAAGUUUCAUGGAUAUUCCAACACAUAUGAGCAAGUCCUUAAAACAUUUAAUAUCGUCUUCACAUCUCUAUUCUCUCUGGAGUGUCUGUUGAAGAUCAUGGCUUUUGGGGCUCUGAACUAUUUCCGUGAUGCUUGGAAUGUCUUUGAUUUUGUGACAGUACUUGGAAGCAUUACAGAUAUUGUAGUUACGGAGUUCUCGGACAAUUUUAUCAACCUCAGUUUUCUCCGAUUGUUCCGAGCUGCCCGUCUUAUUAAACUUCUGCGGCAAGGUUACACCAUCCGUAUUCUCCUGUGGACCUUUGUCCAGUCUUUCAAGGCGCUGCCCUAUGUCUGCCUCCUGAUCGCUAUGCUGUUCUUUAUCUAUGCCAUCAUCGGCAUGCAGGUCUUUGGUAACAUAGCACUGGAUGAAGAAGAUGAAGACACAGCUAUUACAGAACAUAAUAACUUUCGUACAUUUUUCCAAGCACUCAUGCUCCUUUUCCGGAGUGCCACUGGUGAAGCAUGGCAUGAAAUUAUGCUGUCUUGUUUGAGUGGGAAGCCCUGUGACAUUCAAUCAGGAAUAAAGGAGAAGGAGUGUGGGAGCGAGUUUGCGUACUUCUACUUUGUGUCUUUUAUCUUCCUUUGCUCAUUCCUGAUGUUAAACCUGUUUGUUGCUGUCAUUAUGGAUAACUUUGAAUACCUAACCCGAGAUUCCUCCAUUCUGGGUCCACAUCAUCUAGAUGAAUAUGUGAGAAUCUGGGCAGAGUAUGAUCCGGCUGCCUGCGGGCGCAUUCAUUAUAAGGACAUGUACAGUUUGUUACGGGUUAUAUCCCCACCGCUGGGUUUGGGGAAGAAAUGCCCCCACAGGGUGGCCUGCAAGCGGUUGCUUCGGAUGGACCUUCCUGUGGCCGAUGAUAAUACUGUUCAUUUCAACUCAACUCUCAUGGCCCUUAUACGAACUGCGCUGGAUAUCAAAAUUGCAAAAGGUGGUGCUGACAAACAGCAAAUGGACAAUGAACUCAGAAAGGAGAUGAUGGCCAUUUGGCCCAAUUUGUCACAGAAAACACUUGACCUGUUGGUGACACCACAUAAGUCUACAGACCUCACUGUGGGUAAGAUUUAUGCUGCAAUGAUGAUUAUGGAGUAUUAUAGACAAAGCAAAGCAAAACGCCUACAGGCCCUGCAAGAGGAACAGAACCGAACACCUCUAAUGUUCCAAAGGAUGGAGCCUCCAUCACCAACACAGGAUGGUCCAAUGGGACUCAAUACUCUUAUGUCCUCUCAGAAUGAGCCAGGGGGAGAAAUGAGUAUACCAGAGGGUGGCAUGAAGGAAAGUCAGUCAUGGAUGACGCAAAGAGCACAGCAAAUGUUUCAGAAGACGGGAACCUGGAGUCCAGAGAGGGCAAGAGUUCAGGAGAACACCAACAGCUGGCCGGACUCACAGUUAGUGGAAAUGACAGAGAUGAAUCGUGAUGGUUACUCUGACAGUGAGCAGUACCUUGUAAUGGAAGGACAUGGAAGGGCAGCAUCAAUGCCAAGGCUACCUGCAGACAACCAGCAGCGAAGGAAAACCCGAACCCGAGGGAGUAACCUCAGUACUAUAACAGAUGGUAGUCCAAUGAAACGAUCCACAUCCAUGCUUGGCCAUUCUCAGUCGAAAGGAAUCCGACUAAAUGAAUACUCAUUGGAGCGUGUGACCCCUGAUGAAGGCCUCCGCCACGGACACCAGCGCAGAAGAGAGCGUGGACACCGGGUGUCUGAGCGCUCCCUAACUCGCUAUGUAGAUCUGGAAUCAGGUCUUGGUACAGAGCUCAGCACCACAACGCAAUCAUGUGACUUGCCUUCAGAAGAACGUGGACGAACCAGAGAUAGAAAACACCACCACCACCACCAUCAUCACCACCACCAUCACCAUCACUCUGGAUCUGAUAGAGAACGUCUAGAUUAUGGGAGACCAAAUUCCCGUUCACCUAGCAUGGGUCGAGACUAUGCUCCACACAGACAGGGCAGUAGUUCAGUGGAUGGCAGCCCCGUGCCCUCAACCUCUGGGGCCAGCACACCCCGCAGAGGAAGGCGACAGCUGCCCCAGCUUCCCCCAACCCCCAGGCCACGCAUUACCUACUCCCCUGUGGUUCGUCGGCCUGCCAGCAUCUGCUCAUCCCAGCAACAGCAACAACUCUCCCCUUGCAGAAUGACCACACCCCUCCCAAGAAGAUACCCUCAGAAUGACAGCCAUGUGGGCAGCAACGAAAGACGAGCCAUUCAUAAUGAUUCUCCCCGAUCACAUCGUCACACCAGGGGACAAUGCUCUGAUGCCCCUCGCGCUGGAUGCAGGCACAGUGGUCCUUACCGGGAUUCCUCCUAUGAGGGACCCCACCCCUGUGACCAGCGCACCUGCAGGACUGCUGACCCCGGUGGGGCACUCCCCCUCUCGCCACAUGGGCGCAGGCUGCCCAACGGCUACUCCCAUGGGACCCCGCGACCCACUAAAUCUCGUCACGAACGUUACAGUGAGAGUGAGGAGGACGACUGGUGCUAAAAAAAAUAUAUAUAUAUAUAUAUAUGUGUGUGUAUAUAUAUACAUAUUUAUUCAUAUAUAUAUAUAUAUAUAUAUAUAUAUAUCAAAUUAAUAAAAAAAUGAACUUCAAUCUAGCAGGGAAAUCAAAGACACAUCUGCAAAAAGGAAUAAGACAGGGGAGGAAAAUAUGUUGCCCUAAACAUUUGAAAUUGCCACCAAAAAUAUUCCUCCUUUUAUUCCUUAACACAUUUUUGGUAAAAGGAAGGACGCCCUUGCAGCAUGUUUUUUUAUAGUUACAAAAAUUUCAAGGGGGCAUCUGUAUUUUCAAAGAGAGUAGAUGACACUCAGGAGGAUAAAGCAACAAGUUUACCACCAAAUCCCCCUUCCCUGCUCUCUGAGCUAUCCCAGUAUCACCUUUCAGAUGCAUUUCCAUUGGUUGAUUCUUCCCAGAAGACAAGAAGAAGAGGGAAAAAAAAACGCAAAAUCAGCGUGAAAGAUUUCUAAAGAAAAAAGAUUUGCAGAGAACUUUUGGAAAAUGUACAAAAUGUUAUUAUUUUAUUUUUUUCUCAAUUUGUAUUGAUGAGUUUUAUCAUCCAGAGGAUUGGAUAUAUAUGUGUGCUGGUUUAUGUCUUGGAAAGAGCACGCAGAUGCACACACACACAAGAGUGUUUAGAGCUCAUAUUUGUUCAUAUUGCCUGCGGAAAUGAGAAUAUUAACAAAAAAAAAUCCAACAAAAACAAAAAAAAGACAAAAAUGUUGGAGGAAAAAAAAAAAAAAAAAAGCAGCAUUUGAUUCAACAUCUGAUUUUUUGCUUGAAAGUCCCAAAAAUGAGACAUAAAAAAACCCACAAAAAACAAAAUUGCGUUGCUAAUAUUUUAAAAUGCUUUUUUUUCCGACUUUGUUUGAAAAAUGUUAGAUGCGGAGUGUGGCGGAUGCAUGAAUAUUAUAAAUGGCAAAAAAUGUUAACUAUAAAUAUAUAUAUAUACACAUUGAAUUUAUGAUGAUAGAUGAAAACCGGAAUCUCUAUCCAAGUGGCGAGCUGAGAAUUAUGUAUUGGGUGGGGGAGGGGGGGGGGGGAUGUGCUUGAAAAUGGUCUAUAUUAUAUCCGUAAAAAUGUCCUGUUUUAUUUGAUAAAGUAACACUAUUUUAAAAUGAUUAAUAUAAAGCUAAUAUUAAUCUGGCCUAUUACAGGGAAAGUUGUGUCCCCAUUGAUAUUCCCCUUACAUUCUAGCUUGGCAUCUAAACAAGGGUGUACAUAGCAGAAGCAGCAACUGUGGACCCCUUUGCCCCUGGGCUAUGUAAACUUCAGAGGGUUUUCUUUGAUUUUCCACAGUUACUAUAGCAUAACCAAUUAAGAAAGAGCAAUGUUAGGGGGGAAGGGGGUACAAGCACAAAGCUCUGAAUGCCUCAGUAUGGUUUUUAGUCAUAUGAACAAGACGAUGCAGAGAGUAGAGGGGCCCAUAGCAAAACAAAAUAAAUGGGACAAAUUUCCUCUGUGUAUACUUACAAAAAUCUGUGAAAGAAAUCUUAAAUGAAUGUCCACCUUUAAACCCCCCCCUUUUUUUUUUUUUUUUUCAUUUUCUUUUUUUGGACCAACAUUUUGUGCAAAUCUUUAUUGGGGUCAGAACUAAGAUUUUUACUAUUUACAGCUCUGUAUCAGAAAAACAGAUCUCUGACCCUUAUAUAGAGAAGUAGACGUAGAGAUGUAGAGAAAACCGUCUGCACAGAAUGUUAGGUAUAUAUGGUGUUAAAAGAUGGACAUUCACGGUAGGUGUCCCAUUGUCACUUUCAGUUAUUUGCCACCAGUUUAAUCAUGGAGGAUAUGGAGUUUACUUAUAUUUUUCUAGAAAAACAAAGUGAAUGAUGCACAUUGCAAGAGGUUUGUUUUACGUUGCCUUUUUAUAAAGCAAAGGAUAUUAAAGCAACGACAACUGCUCAUAAACAUUCUUACAAUUUUAUACCACUUAAAAAUGUCUCCCAUAUCGUGUGAUCAUUAUUCUAUUUUUUUAAUAAUCCAGCAUGAUAAAGAUUGAACACUAGUGCUUAUUAAGGUUGAGAUCAAUGUUUUUGCUUUUAUGUUUCUGUUCCCCUGCCUUGGUUUCCUUGAGGUCUUACAUGUAACUAUGUUUAUAAAGAUGAAUAUGAAUCUGAUUACAUCAUCCCUCUGGAAAAUACAUAUAAUUUAAAAUUAAAUGUUGCUUAUUUUGUAGCCACCAGGUCUACUUUCAUCUUAAUUAUACAUAGAGUUUAUUUUUCUGGGCCACAUUUAUAAGAAAACCGAUCAGGUCACUACUACUAUAAUUUUGCAUUAGAAACAUGGAAUCUUACUUCCUGGUUUACAGAGACAGACACUGAACCAGCAGGGAAUGACACAUGGUUCCUAUAGUGAUCAGCCAAUUAUCCCAUCUCUCUUUUCCCAGAACCACUACCUAGAAGUGGUUUUGGUAGAUUUGUAUGUGCUACAAAAUAAGCAUCAGCUAUAUAAUGAAUGUUCCCGCUACAACAAUGGGUUAUAAUGUGAAAUAUUAACAGUAAACCAAGGUGUCAUAUUCAUGUUCAAAAAUAAUGUGGUGCUACAACUGCCCAUGUUGUCACCACAUCUCAAAAGAACUGGGACGAUUUCGUAGUACUGCUUUUUUGCUGGUUGUUGAAAAAUAAAAUUAUUCAGAUGAAUGGAUGAUGAGAAUAAAAAUCGACUAGGCUUGCAGUCCACUGUUAUUGCAUGCAUCUAUGACCUGUAAGUGGCGCCAAAGGGCAGGCGUAAUUAUUUGUAAUGCACUAUCGUGUGCCCUUCUUUUGCACUAUAAUAAGUGUUAUGGUAUCCUGACAAUUGUAAAAAACAGAACAGCAUCUCAGGAAAAUGCAUGAGGUCUAUGCCGACUGGCGCCUGUUGUGCACAAUGUGCACAGAGAAUACAGUCCGGGGCAGAAGCGUAUUGUACACACAUGUGCCACUGCAUUCGUUUUUUGUCAUUCAUAGUUAUUUUCUAAGUGACACUCUUAUGAAAUAAAAUUGAAAGGCUUGAA